AUGGCAUCUUGGUUCGUCAAGUUCAACAUAGUAAAGCACAAUCUUGUCUCUCUAGAUGUUUUCACUGAUGGAGACGUCACCGGAUGUGAACUGCAGCCAUGCCAAAACGGUGGUGUGUGUGAGAGUCACUUAGGCAGUUUUCGAUGCCUUUGUUCUCAGCAAAUCCUACACGGACGUCUAUACGGGGGACAGACCUGCACUGUUGCACUUUCGGGCUGCGAUGACAACCCAUGUGGUAACGGUGGAAUCUGCUCGCCUUUACUUAUAAAUGGGAAACACACUUACACAUGCAUCUGCCUUGCCGGCUUCUCGGGUUCCAAAUGCAGGACCUCCACCGUCUUUUCCUUUGAGAACCAAGGUUACAUGUACAUAGAGACUCAUCUUGUAGACCCAGAAGGUCCUCUGAACGUUACACUCAGCUUCCGGACAGAAGGACUUGUUGGGACUCUCUUGCAACGCAGAGUGGAUGACCUCCUUCUUAGCGUUGAGAUAACGGAUGGACAACUGUGCCUCCGGAGUCUCAAAAACCAAGGAUCCAGCACAUUGGUUCAGCAGCUGCCAGAGUUUAUCUCCAACAACAAAUGGCACACAAUGGAGGCCUCACUCGGCGGAGUAGUCAGCCUGAUCCGGCUCCUCUGUACCGAGGGAAACUGCGCGAGGGAAAGCAAAACUGAGGUCCAAGUGCUCGAGGCAGCCACUGCUCUUCCCCAACCUGGGAAGGUCCGUCAAAGUCUCUUCGUAGGAGCAGCUCCAGGUUACAGAGCAGAAGCCCUGCAUCCAUUUCUGGGAUGCUUGAGAGAUGUGUUUGUGGACUCCCAUCUGGUGGUGCCAGUUACUUCGCCCAAGGUUUCCGACGCCCAGGUUAACGUCACCAUGGGAUGCAAUGAUAACGAUAAAUGCCACGAAGGACCUUGCCAGAACAGAGGCCGCUGCGUGAGCCAGGGCUGGAGGAGUUACAUGUGCGAGUGCCAUAGACCUUAUGAAGGCGACAACUGUGCAGACGAAUACAUCACUGCAAGGUUCGGGAGCGAAGACUUGAAAAGUUAUGCCGUUUUCUCCUUAGGAGACGACCCUGGUGAGACUUUGACUGUGUCCAUGUUCAUUCGAACACGGCAACACAGAGGCCUCCUCCUGAUAAUGGCCAACAGCACCAGUCAGUACCUCCGCCUCUGGUUGGAUCAGGGCAGAGUCAAAAUUCAGAUCAACAACUUUGAGACCCUGCUCGGUCAAAGUGUGGUCAGCGACGGCCAUUUUCAUCUGGUGACCGUGAAGCUAGACGGUCUAGAAGCAGCUUUGAUCGAGUCAGCCCAGAUUCAAGACUCUCAACCCAUUAGGCACAUCUGGGCCCAUCAUGGGGAUCAGGUCUUUGUGGGUGGACUAGCAGACCCAAGGGCCUCCGCCACAUUUGGAGGCUACUUUAAAGGAUGUGUCCAGGAUCUGAGGAUGAACAAUAAACGACUGCAAUUUUAUCCCAUAACAACUACAGUAGAAUCGUACCAAUUGGAACAGCUGAUUAGUGUUGCGCCAGGAUGCAGCAGUGACAAUGCCUGUGCGGUUAACCCCUGUCUCAAUGGAGGUGUGUGUUACUCCAUGUGGGAUGACUUCACUUGUAACUGCCCCCCGAACACGGCCGGGCAGCGCUGCGAGGACGUGAAAUGGUGUGAGCUGUCGCCUUGUCCCGCCUCCACUGUAUGCCAGCAGAACUCGCAGGGCUUCGAAUGUAUAGCCAAUGGAACAAUUCGCCCAGAGAGUGGAAUUUUGCACUACCGGAACAGUCGGAACAAUAACCGCACCGUCAGCCUCACCAAUAUCUCUUUCAGCUUCCGCACAAGACAGACUGCUGCGACCAUAUUGCAUGCAAAAAGGGGCUCCAAAUACAUCACCAUCGCCCUUCAGGACUCUCGUGUGGUCGUGGACAACAACAAGUCUCUUGUCCGGAGUGAAGGUUCAGUUAAUGAUGGACAGUGGCAUUCUGUGAGCCUCAGCAUAGACAAUUCAACCUCUGGGUGGAUCAUGAACGUGGAUGGAAGUCAAGCGGAAGUAUCCAAAUUAGGUGUUGGGGACCUGGAUUUUCUACGGGAGGGAACAGAUAUCUUCCUAGGUGGGCUGAGCCUGGACGGUCCUGUGAGUUUCUCUGGAUGUUUGGGUCCUGUAGAAAUUGGAGGGCUUCUUCUUCCUUUACACUUGGACACAGAGUUGAAACUUCUCAGGCCUCAGGAAGAACAGUUUCUGCAGUUGAACGUCAAUGCCGGUCCACAAUAUGGCUGCUGGGGGGCAAACGUAUGCGAGCCGAACCCUUGUCAGAACCAGGGUACAUGUGAGGAUCUUUUUGACCUGCAUCGCUGCAAUUGUCCCCCAACGUGGACUGGUCUGUUGUGCCAAGAACCGAGCGACACUUGCCUGGCCAAGCCAUGCGUUUAUGGAAACUGUAUCACCGUUCCUGGGGGGUACCAGUGUGUGUGUGAGCAAGGUUACACGGGAGCGCAGUGUGAGGUGCAUGUAGAUUUUUGUGAGAAUAGCAAUUGCAGCAAUGGUUCAACAUGCCUCAAAGGAGUCCAGAGCUACUCGUGCCUCUGCCCUCAGAACCUGACCGGCCAAUAUUGCAAUGUGAAAAUUCCAGAGAUCCCAUGGUACAUCGAGACAAACCCUCUACCUCAGCUGCCUGCAUCAAAAUGUAUUGGUAUGAGAUGGAACUUCAGCUGCUUUAAUGGAGGGAAUUGCUCCAUGGUGGAUGACAACUGUCUUUGCCGGCCUGGCUUCUCCGGACAAUGGUGUGAGAAGGACGUGGACGAGUGUGCCUCUGACCCGUGUAUGAACGGCGGCUACUGCCUCAACUACAUCAACAGAUUUGAGUGUGUGUGCGAUUUGAAUUACUCGGGUCUCCACUGCCAAAUUGACGUCAGCGACUUCUACAUAUACAUCUUCCUGGGCCUGUGGCAGAACCUGUUCCAGCUGGCAUCGUACCUCAUCAUACGAAUGGACGACGAGCCUGAAAUUGAGUGGGGGUUCCAGUUUAAUGAUUAGCUAAGAUUUGUACACAAACACUGUUAAAAAUUAUUAAAUCCAAACACAGAAGGGGAAAAACAAGGACAUAGGGCUUUUUUUCCCCCUCUACUCUCCCACAAAGGUCAGAUUUUUGAUUUUAAUAGAUUCUCACCAUUCGCUUAUUAAAAAAAAAAAAAGGCGUUAUGCACCCUCCCCCCCAAUCACUAAAAUCAAUUAAUUGCCCAACCAUACAAGAACCAUGGCUUGUUCCACUUUCCUGAAUAUCUUUUUCAACUUUCAAAGCAAAUAUUUCAAUCAGAAUUGGGGAGAUUUUAUAAUGCUCAGGUUCAGCGUUGAAAAUUUUGUAGUGUACACAGUAAAUGUGGUCGGCAAUAGAAAAGUCUGUUGUAAAAAGAUUCAUUUGCAAAUGACUAUUCCAUACUAUACAUUUCAUUUGCUGUAAGUGUCAUAUUGGAAAGGGACAGUGUAUUUCUUGUGCCUUAGCUCCUGUUUUGGAUGUGGGACUCUUGUUGAAGACAUUUUUUGACAUGAGGUAUUUGAGCUAUAAGAGUUUAUAGCUAGAAAAUCCCAAUACUGUUCUAUUGUGCAACCUUAAAAAAAAAAAAUGCUGGAACGCAUUUAUUGCACACAGUACCCGACUAAAGAAGAUUAUGUAAUAAACAUUGUAAAAAUCCCGGUAAAGGACUUUUAUUACGUUACCGCAGCAUUUCAUACUGUUUUACAACAACAACAAAAAAACAUUACUUCCACUUGAACAUACACCAAAAUUAUUUUCAGCAUCCAUUGCAAAGUCUGCUAUUGGCGGAAACCUAUGAUGUAAACAAUAUGAAUAGUUAAGAUUUUAUGGUUUUUUUAUAAAUGGAUGCAAGAUCCAAAAAGAUAAUACAGAAAGCAGCACAAUUAAUUUAGAAACAAACCUUCAACGUAAGGAUAUUUCAAAUAAGAUGACACGAUAAGACUUGCUUGGUCAAGUCAAAACUGGAAAUGGACGUUUUUGAAAUGCCAUGCUAUUCGAUUAUUAAAGUAAUGAAUCAAUAGAUCACAACCACUGUGGAAAUGAUCAAUUUUCACUUAAUUGGUCAGAAAUCUAUAAUGAGGAAAAUAAGUAUUUUAACACCGUGCGAUUUUACAACUUCUCCCACUUGAAGUCAUUUAAGGGUGCGGCAUGUUGCCGCUGCAAAUAACUGUUUGAACACUUGUGAGAAUCAAUCUUGCGUGGAGCCUCAGUCUGAGGGAGAUUGACAGUCAUGUUUAGCUUCUUCCAUUUUCUAAUAAUUGCUCCAACAACUGAUCUUUUUUUCACCAAGUAGCUUGACAAUUGCUCUGUAGCCCUUUCCAGCCUUGUGGAGGUCUACAAUUUUGUCUCCGGUGUCUUUGGACAGCUCUUUGGUCUUAGCCGUGGCAGUAGUUUCUGUCUUACUGAUUGUGUCAGGUGGACAGGUGUCUUUAUGCAGCUCACGAUCUCAAACAGGUGCUUGUAAUUUAGAAUAAUAUGAGAGGUGGAGGUUGAAUUUUUAGAGGCGGACGAACUGGUCUUUGAGGGACAGAAUUUUUGCUGAUUGGCAGGUGUUCAAAUACUUAUUUGCAACAAUAACAUACAAAUAAAUUAAAAAAACAUACAUUGUGAUUUCCAGAUUUUUUGUGUUUUUAGCUUAUGUCUCUCACGGUGGACAUGCACUAAGAUGAAAAUUUCAGACCCCUCCAUGAUUUCAAAGUGGGAGAACUUAUAAACUAGCAGGCUGUUCAAAUACUUAUUUUCCUCCUCAGUGUGUGUGUGUGUGUGUGUGUGUGUGUG